GGUGAACAUGGCCGAGCGGGGUGAGAGGCAAGUAUUAGUUCACAUCCAGCCGGGCAGCCGUAUCAUACGGUUUAUAUCUAUCUUGAUUGUCGACUCAAGGAGAUGGAAAGUAAGAUCCUCACCCUCCUUGCCGCAAGCUGCUCCGUCCAACAUUGCAUAAACCGGCUUGCUUCUAUAUAAUUGCUCUUGUGUGAUAUUUGAAGUAUACUCAAAGUAUACUCAAGGCAGUUUCUCCAAACUAUCAACAUGGAAUUCUUGUCCGUUGAUGGCAUAGGUCCCCCGAGCCUCGUUGGAGUAUGCGUGUGCUUCGCGUCUCUGCUUUCGUUGUGGUCUAUUAUUACAACUAUCGCGGCAUGGUAUCGACUUCGACACAUCCCCGGCCCAUUCUUGGCCUCGUUAUCCCACCUUUGGGUAGCGAAAAGCAUACUCUUCGGUACGCUCGAGAAGGACUUCGUCGGGCUCGCAAAGUACGGGACCCUGGUACGGGUAGCGCCUAAUUAUGUCGUGACUAGCGAUCCAAAGGUCCUUCGCCAGAUUGCCUCAGCCCGAAGUAAAUACGGCAAAGACGAGUGGUAUGAAACAGUUAAAUUUGAUCCAAGGAAUGAGAACAUGAUCACUUUAAUCGAUACUCAUGCGCACGACCAGCGUAAAGCAAAGACGAUUAAAGGAUACAACGGACGAGAGAAUGCCGAUCUCGAGCAUGCUAUUAACUCCCAGAUCGCCCACUUCAUUGACGUCGUCCGGCGCAAGUAUCUAUCGGGGCCUGAAAGUCGAACUCGUUGUGUCGAUUUCGCUUCUUUAUCCCGUUACUUUACUCUAGAUGUAAUCACCCGGCUUGCGUAUGGCCAGCCGUUUGGCUUCCUAAAUGCCGACGGGGAUUUAUACGAAUACACGACCAUGGUAGACAAUACGCUCAAGGUGCAGAACCUUUGCCAGGAGAUUCCAUUUCUUAAGCGGAUCGUAUUUUCCCAUACCUUCUACGCAUUAUUCGGUCCAAAGCCAACGGACGAGAAGGGCAUUGGAAAGAUGAUGGGGAUCACGCAAAAGAUCAUCGAAGAAAGAUUCCGAGAUGCGAACCCUCCGGAUGAUAUGAUGGGGUCGUUCAUUCGCCACGGCAUGACAGAGGAAGAAUGCAAGAGCGAAGCUAUGCUUCAAAUUCUAGCUGGGGCGGAUACAAGCGCGGUAGCUAUUCGUACUACGUUGAUGUAUCUCGUGGCUACGCCUCGGGUAUACUCACGGCUUAAGACAAUAAUAAAACAAUGCGUGGAGCGCAACGAAGUGUCUACCCCUAUCACAUACGAGGAAGCUCAAAAGCUGCCCUAUUUAAAGGCAAUCAUCCUAGAAGGCAUUCGAAUGCGAAGCCCCUCCACAUACGGACAUUACAAGAAAGCUCCACCAGAAGGGGACGUGAUCAACGGGAUUUUCAUUCCUAGCGGUACUGCGGUCGGCCACAACUCCCUAGCCAUGACCCGCAGCGAAGCCAUCUUCGGCGAAGACGUCGAGAUAUUCCGACCAGAGCGUUUCCUCGAGGGCGAUGAAAAAACCAAUGCCGAAAGAGCGUCUACGAUCGACAUCAUCUUCGGCAAUGGCCGGUGGAUGUGUGCUGGGAAGCCCAUCGUCAUGAUGGAGCUUCACAAAGUUUUCUUCGAGUUCCUUCGCGUAUUCGAUUUCCAGCUAAACAAUCCUGCCAAAGGCUGGGACGAAAAUGUAUACUUCCUGUUUAUCCAGUCGAACAUGUGGGUGACCAUCACAGAGGCCGAUGUAUAACGAAUAUGUCGUAUCUUAUCCUGAGUACUCCAAGACGCAGAGGAUGGGGAUUUCUCAAGUGGAUCUUGCCAUAUCACUUCUAGGUAAGACGUUGAGAAGACUGUGUGAAGAAACGGGGGACUUUCGCUUUUGAAUUACCAUUAUGAAAUUUCGAUGAGGCAAGACGUCCAGAAUGCCUCAUUGUUAUCACAUAUAUUUCACAUGGGAAGAACAUAUCGCCUAUGAUAACUUAGAAACCACUCGUUAAUAAAUAAGAGGUACCUAACCUAGGAACUUAUGAAGCAGAGAGAACUUUAAAAC